AUGAAGGUGCACUCGCCUCCGAGGAGGAGACUCAGGCGCGGCCGUGUCCUCUUCUUCGUCUCAGGUGUGCUGCUGUGUUUCGUCUACACUCUGACUCUGAAGGCCAGGCUGCCGGAGUUGAGAGGCUCCUCGCAGACGGACGCCGCUCUGGGAGCAGAUGGAGGUUAUGGGGAUGUUGUGGAGGUCAACGUUCGGGAGGUGAUGGAUUCCAAUGAGACGCAGGAGGAGGAGGUCCUACCUGAGGGCAGCAGACCUCCUCCGGUGAUGAUCGUCAACAGGACAGACAUCGAACAGUGUAUCUACGUAGAUCCCCACGCCCCCAAACCUCCUCCUCCUACCCCGCCGCCGCCAUCCAACACCACAGCUCCUCCGCCCCAGCCCCCUCACAGGAAGGGUGAUUACCCAGAGGACAUCUUCUCAGUGGAGCAGCGACGACAAGGCUGGGUGGUCCUGCACAUUAUGGGCAUGAUCUACAUGUUUGUCGCCCUGGCCAUCGUCUGUGAUGAGUUCUUCGUUCCUGCGCUCGAGGUCAUCACCAUCAACCUGCAGAUUUCUGACGACGUAGCCGGGGCCACCUUCAUGGCUGCUGGAGGCUCUGCCCCCGAGCUCUUCACCUCCCUGAUCGGCGUCUUCAUCUCCCACAGCAACGUGGGCAUCGGCACCAUCGUGGGCUCGGCCGUCUUCAACAUCCUCUUCGUGAUCGGCAUGUGCGCCAUCUUCUCCCGAGAGAUGCUGCACCUGACCUGGUGGCCCCUGUUCCGAGACGUGACCUUCUACAUCCUGGACCUCAUCAUGCUCAUCGUCUUCUUCCUGGACAGCGUCAUCAUGUGGUGGGAGAGUGUCCUGCUGGUGCUCGGCUACAUCAGCUACGUCAGCUUCAUGAAGGUCAACAGUCAGAUCGAGCAGGCGGUCAAGUCCCAGCUCAACAAGCACAUGAGCAUCGUGAAGGUGUGGACGGCCGAGGAGCCGGAGAAGGAGAGUGAUGCUACACAACCUCCUCCUCCACCUCCUCCUCCUCCUCCUGCUGCUGUUGCUGCUCCGUCAGCUGCACCACCGGCUGAGGAAAAACCCAAACCAGCACCUGAACCUCCUCCAAGCAGCCCUCAACUCCACAAACAGCCGUCAGAGCCGCAAGACGACAAAGCAAGACUCAGGGUUCGUCCCGUCCUGCAGCGAGGCGGCAGCUCAGCCUCGCUGCACAACACCUCUCUGCGGAGCACCAUCUUCCAGCUGAUGAUCCACACGCUGGACCCUCUGGGAGAAG